GACCACAUAUUAAUAUUUUUAUUACCUUUUUUUUUGUGUAAAAAAAAAAAAAAACAAUUUAAAUAAGUUUAUUCGUCAAAAGAAAGUAAUCAGCGUCGUGAAUCAGAUAUUCGUCUAUCCUAGUAAGUGACGUUUGUUUGAAAAUUCAACAAAUCUAUGGUAACUAAAUGAGCUUUACGGACUCUCAAUCUUAACAUUGAAUGUCAAACGUUGACAUAAUCUUACCAGUUCUUGGAAAUCCCAUAUCCUCUCAGAGAAACUCAAUAACAGCAAUUUAAUGGCAGAGAAGCAACUAAUAUCUCUGUUCGACGAUGAAUAUUGUACUAAAUAUACUAUUCUCAUCGCGAGUACAUUGGGCCGUAUGAAAGAGUCCAGAGACUCUGCUUUUUACGAAAAUGAACAUCAAUUGUCGGGUGAAGAAAUAAAAGAUUUAGAAUUGUUCCAUGAAAGGUUUGAUGAGUGGGCUAUAACGGUUGUAAAAAGAACAGGAAGUGCUUUAGACCCAUCCACGCCUAAGGAUGCGACGGAAGUCCGGAAAUUCGACUAUUUUAGCGAAGCAGAAAAGGGUGAAUGUUUUGUAAAAUGUUUGCUUCUUCUUUUAAUCUCUUUAGGAGAUUAUUCAUCCAAUUCGCGCCAACUACUUUAUCUUAUUUCAAGAGACUUAAGUCAGCCUGAAGAAGUCCCCCACAAGGCAGAGUUUAUCACGUCGUCUAUGCUACUAGAAACUUUUGAAAAACUCGAAUCAAACGAAAAAAUGUAUGAACUAUCUCAAACCCAGCAACUCCGGAAGCGCAUUACUAUGGGAUUAGCUGGCGUUGCCGGAGGGGCAUUGAUCGGUAUUACAGGCGGACUGGCUGCACCUUUUGUAAUCAGCGGAUUAGGAGUACUAUUCGCAGGACUAGGACUUGGUACAGUGAUUGGGGCUUCUUAUUUGGGGGCUGUGAUUACAUCUGCUCCUAUGAUUACCACACUUUUUGGAAGCUUUGGGGCAAAAAUGAGUAUUGAUCAAGUUCAUGCGGUUUCACGAGGGAUUCAGGAUUUUGAAUUUCUUCCAUUAAAUGUUUCUUCUAACCUUUCCAUGACAAUUGGUGUGGCCGGAUGGCUUGAAAGCGGUCAAGAUGCUGCAGAUGCAUGGUAUCCUUUAACCAUUGGUGAUAAAUCAUAUUAUUGGGGGGAUUUGUAUGCUUUAAAAUUUGAAGUUCAAGCCUUGAUUGAUUUAGGGAAAGUUAUAUCUCGCAUUUUAUUUGCAACCGGGUUGGGUUGGGUCCAAGAUGAAGUUAUUAAACGAACCGUUUUGGCUCCUUUAGCUGCUGCUCUUUGGCCUUUAAGCCUUUUAAGAAUCGGGAAUAUAUUGGGUAAUUCUUGGAGAGUGGCAUUUAACCUUUCCAUUAAAGCUGGUGAAGCUCUUGCCAACGCUCUGUGUAUGAGAGCGCAAGGACAACGUCCAGUUACGUUGAUCGGAUUCUCUUUGGGAUCAAGAACUAUAAUUGAAUGUUUGCUUAAAUUAGCUGAUCGAGGCGAAAUUGGCAUCGUAGAGAAUGUCAUAUUGAUGGGAACCCCAUCAUCUACAGACCCAAAGCUUUGGAGGAGAAUGCGAUGUGUUGUUUCAGGAAGAUUUGUAAAUGUUUAUUCUAAGUAUGACUACGUCCUGCAACUGGCUUAUAAACUGAACAGCAUUCAAGCCCAUGCUGCAGGCUUGGAGCCCAUUGCUGUAAACGCAUCAUGCGUAGAAAACGUUGACGUUGGCGACUUGAUUGAAGGACAUCUUCAGUAUCGUUGGCUUCUCCCAAAAAUAUUAAAGGAGCGACUUGGAUAUUCUCACAUAUCAGAUAAAAUGAUUGUACAGCUUCAAAUGAAAGAAAAAGACUUUGAACAGUCUCAGCGUGAACAUUUCGAUAAAACUACGGAAGAACAAGAAAUUAUAUUUGAUGCUUCAGAUCAUUCCAAAUAAAUCAAUGAAGCUUGGUAACUCACAAAAGUAUCAAAAUAUAUUUAUUGUUAAGCUUUUUGGUUAUUUAUUUUUGCAACUUGCUAGGAUUCUAUUUUCGAAAUGUUCUUUUCUGCAAUCUGGUUCAUUCCAAACGUUAUCAAUGAUUUUACAUGUCUAAUUUCUUUCCUAUACUAAUUACUUAAUUCUACAAAUCAAACCAUUCUCCUUUUCAGUUAGUUUAUGUUGAUUCUCUUUAAAAUAAUAUCGUAAAUUGUUUCACCUGCUAGGAAGGAGUAUCUGUCCUUUACAAAAAUUUUCUCAACAGUUU